AAUGUACGUCAUAUUGAGCUCUUGUUCCAUAUUCCGUCUGUCCAUUUGGCCACAAGUCUCAUUUCAAAGAACGCACGAUCCAAAGAACGUCAGUCGAUUGAGUCUGGUCCUACGUCAAAAGAGCCGUUUUCCCUACAAUUCGUGUACUCUUUCGCUCAAGGUGAUCCACGGCUUUCAAGCGUGAUCGUCUCGUACACAUCCCCGUUUCCUGAUGAUUAGACUACUGGGACAGGGAACACUUUUUGUUUGCCUCGGAUCUGACCUGACGAACUCAGAGGCCAGUUCGUCUUUGGGAUUAACGAACAACGGAGAAGAGCAUUUCGCACGGAGAGCAAUGUGGUGGUCCAAGUGAUUCUUUUCGUGGAACACGCGUGUUGCAAAAUACCUGCCUCUGAUGCACUAGAACUGCCAUGUACCUGAAUCGUCCUUAUUGCGCCCUCAACCUCCAUUAAUUGGUAUUACUUUUUGCAUCAACGAUGUACCGCGAAACGAGAUGCACCACCUGCUCCAAUGGGUCCAGAUCCAAGCAGCCAUUGAUCCAUCAAUCGACCUUGCCCGUAAGCCAUGAUGCAAAUCACUUCAGUCGGAGCCAAAGUGACGCUACAGCCAAUAACACCUACUUCCUAAGAAAACGAAAAUACUCUGUGGUCAAAUUUGGAUAUCACGUGGCUAUUCCAUUAGCCAGGAGUACUCCAGAGGAAUCCAGCCUUCAUGAGGCUUGCGGCGGGAACACGGAUGGGUCCUCACCAGGCACUUCGUCCUCUCCUGGCACGCCUCACGUCAUCGCCUUGGUGGGUUUGCCUGCCCGAGGAAAGACUUACAUCUCCAAGAAACUCUCCAGAUAUCUUAAUUGGAUUGGAAUUAACACUCGGGUUUUCAAUUUAGGCGAGUAUCGCCGAAAGAUGGUUCCCCAAUACGUAAGUCAUGAGCUCUUCAAUCCGUCCAAUGAAGAUGGGAUCAAGUUGCGAGAACAAGUGUGCCAAGAUGCUGCUGUGGAUGUGGUCAAAUGGUUCCAAAAUGAGGAAGGCGAAGUUGCCGUUUUUGACGCCACCAAUACUACGCGCAAACGCCGACAAUAUCUCUACGAGUUCUUUGUGGAGAAACAUGGCUGCAACCUUUUCUUCGUCGAGUCCGUGUGUGAUAAGGAGGAUAUUAUUGAAAAUAAUAUCAAAGAGGUGAAGACCACCAGUCCAGAUUAUAUGGCAUGCAAUGAAGCUGAGGUGCUCAAUGACUUCAAGGCUCGAAUCAAACAUUACCAAGAGCAAUACGAAACCUUGGACGAGGCCUUGGAGCCUGACAUCAGCUUUCUGAAGAUCUUCAACGCCGGUGAGAAAGUCUUGGUCCACAAGCACGUGGGACACAUUCAGAGUCGGAUCGUUUAUUACCUCAUGAACGUUCACAUCAAGAAGAGGACCAUCUACUUAGUUCGUCACGGCGAGUCUGAAUUCAACGUCCAAGGCCGCAUUGGGGGCGAUUCGGACUUGUCGGAAAAUGGCAUCGAGUUUGCCCGCCAACUCGCUUUGUUCGUGAACGCGCUUCAAAAGCCCAAAAUGAAGGUAUGGACCUCGUGGAUGGCUCGAGCCAUUCAGACCACUAAAUACAUCAACGGGGUCCAAGAGAGGUGGAAGGCCUUGAAUGAGAUUGAUUCUGGGGCGUGUGACGGGAUGACCUAUGCAGAGAUCCAGGAGAAGUUCCCCGAGGACUUCAAGGAACGCGAUUGGGACAAGUUUUCGUACCGCUACCACCGAGGCGAGUCCUACGAGGAUCUGAUAGCCAGACUCGAGCCGGUCAUCAUGGAACUUGAGAGGCAAGAGACAGUAUUUGUGGUCGCUCACCAAGCCGUUAUCAGAUGCCUUCUUGGUUACUACCUCGAGACCUCCGAAGAAGAGCUCCCUUGGCUGGAUGUGCCGCUCCACACCGUGGUGAAAUUGGAACCGGUUGCUUACGGAUGCAAAGUUCAACACAUCAGGUUUCCUGUGGGGUGUGUGAGCACUUACCGCCAAAAGCCAGAAACUCCAGGCCAGCUGGAGGGAAAAUAUGUCGAAAAUACACCCGUUGUCGAGGCCCUUCGGCAUAGCCCCAUCAAGGAUAUUGACAGCUUGAUGCUAAAGUUGGAAAUUCGAGAGCACACCACCAUCAAACCCGAGGAUACAGCCGUGAAAAACGGCUGUUAGCGACAACAGCCAGGAAUUUGAACUCCUUCCCCAACCGCUUUCCAACGCGUGCUCUUUUUAUUGUUUACAACGAAACAUGCUCCCCUAAAACUGUUGUUAAAUUCUACAUUAUUCACGUAUCCAACGCUACUCCGGUCUGUUUCCUCUCCGAAAAGAGGAAUUAGUAUGCAAAUGUCCGAAUAACUAUGAAAUAAAGAGAAGUUUCAAACGA